AUCGCUGGGUUCGUGAGAUCAAGGCUGCCGCCGAGUGGGUCACAGCGCCGUAACGUCCCGACUGUGUAACAGUGUGCUCGUGUGUGAAGAUCACAAUGGUUAAUCUUGGAGAUGUGUUCCCCAACUUUAAAGCGCCGACAACAGCCGGCGACAUCCAAUUCCAUGACUGGAUGGGAGACAGUUGGGCUAUUUUGUUCUCACAUCCUGCUGACUACACCCCAGUGUGUACCACAGAACUAGGUCGGGUCGUCACCUUGCUGCCAGAGUUUCAGAAGAGAAAUGUCAAGGUCAUUGCCUUGUCAUGUGACUCUGUUGAGGACCACAAUGGCUGGGCAAAAGAUGUGAUGAGCUACGUGGGCAAGGCGUCUGAGAAGUUCCCGUACCCGAUCAUCUCGGACAAGGACCGAAAGCUGGCCGUGCAGCUGGGGAUGGUCGACCCUGACGAAAAGGACAGCGCCGGGAUGCCGCUCACUGCGCGAGCUGUGUUCGUUGUGGGCCCAGACAAGAAGUUGAAGCUGUCAAUCCUGUACCCUGCCACCACCGGGAGGAACUUUGAUGAGAUUCUUCGUGUAAUUGACAGUCUGCAGCUGACAGCCAAGCAAAAAGUUGCAACACCUGUUGACUGGAAGCCUGGCUGCAAGUGUAUGGUGGUGCCUAGUCUUUCCAACGAUGAGGCAAAGAAACUGUUUCCCAAGGGAUUCGAGGAAACUAAAGUGCCUUCCCAGAAAUCCUAUCUCCGCUUCACACCACACCCAUAGACUGGUUCCCAUCAUACACAGUGCUCUAGAUGCCACCUGUAGAGCAAUCGUAUAUCAAAUAUUUUAUAUUCAUUGUUUCAGAAUCGUUUUUAAUCAUGUUAUAUCCAAUAAUAAGCAUUAUAUUUAAUUUUUAAUUUAAAUAAUAACGAUGAUAGUUAUUCCACGUAGUAUUGGUUUGAACAGACUGAUGAUGUAACACUAUCAGUCGUGACUUUACUGUUCUUCAAACUCCAGGAGAGCUGAAUUUCUUUGCUAGUUUUAGCUAAAAAUGUGACACAAAAUAAAUUAAAAUGCAAGAAAAUGGGCUGAAAUAUUUCCAGAUGUUUUAUUCUCCAAAUGAUUAUAGACUGAUGCAGAGGUGGUUAUACUUCAAGUGAAAAAACAAACAUUUGUUGUGUGGUUGUUGUUUUUUUUAGGAAAUUGUUAAAUCGGGACAAAUGCACAUGUUUUUGUCAAUUAUCUUAUGGAAAAUUUAGUUGAAAUAUUUGUUAUAUUUAGUUUUUAUUUGUUAAAAGCCAGAUGUUAUAAUUAUGCAAAUAUUGUUAUAAUUAGGCUAAUAAUUUUAUAAUUAUGCAAAAAAUGUCAGUGAUAAAUAAAGUUCACAUAUUUCAA